AACACUUCUCUUUGCUCCGCCCUGGUGGCCUGCAGGUAUAGGUUUGAGGUAGCUCUCAGAGAAGUUACUAAGCAAGAUUUCUCAAUCUUGGGCAAUCUCCUCUUCAAGUAGGUACUAUCGGCAACUCCAUAUCUGUGAUCGGCCACAGUGUUAACUAUCCAUUUCCGUUUUUGCUCUCGCUCUCAUCAAAUGGUGAUUCUUUGCGAUAGAACGAGACGACAUGACCGGCAAUGGGUAGUUAACACUGUUGCCGAUGGUACAUUCGUACCUUGUCGGUAGGUUUUUUCGCUACGUCUGUAUUUUGGAAUGCGAAAAGAUCAUGACACGAAUUUCCGUUAAGUGUCUUUAUAAGAUAAAUCUAAAGCCGUGUACAAAUAUUUAAAAACUCAACCGUGGGCUAAAGACCGUAGACUGAAGCGGGAACAAAAAAAACAAAAAUGUCACAAUGACAGCAAACAACUGUCAGUGUCUGUCACACUGACAUUUGUGUGGAUUGUGUUGUUUGUUGUUGAUCACGCCGGAUUUUAAUUAAUUUACUUGUAAAAUGGAGGAUGUAUUAGUAUUGAAAGAUUACAAAACUGUACCUGAUGUGGUCCAUGAAUAUGAACCGUCAUUAAAAUUUGGUCAUAUUCCUUUAGUCAUUGAUAACGGUUCAUACCAGUGUCGUGUGGGUUGGUCUAUAUACGAAGAACCACACCUUAUAUUCAAAAACUUGAUAGCGCGGCCCCGAAAAGAUAGAUGCAAAAAGGACGCUGAACCCCCGGUGACCCCUCCUAUUCAAAUAGGGAAUGACAUUAUCAAUAUUGAGGCUGUCAGGUUUCAGUUGAAGACACAGUUUGACAAAAAUGUUGUAACGCAUUUCGAGGCGCAGGAGCAAGUCUGUGACUACAUAUUUUCUCACCUGGGUAUAGACAGUGAAGGGUGUGUGCCGCACCCUAUUGUGAUGACUGAAGCUUUUGUGAACCCUAAUUAUUGUAGGCAAUUGAUGUCAGAACUGCUUUUUGAAGGGUAUGAUGUACCAGCAGUGUCAUAUGGUGUGGAUUCCCUUUUCAGCAUGUAUAAAAAUGAGAUUGGGGAUACAGCCCUCAUUAUCAACUGUGGAUACCACACCAUUCAUAUUAUUCCAGUCAUUAGAGGCCACAUUAUAGAGGAGCAUGCCAGAAGAAUUAAUUUGGGUGGAAGUGAAAUGAUAUCAUACCUUCACAAGCUGCUUCAACUGAAGUACCCUGUCCAUGUGAAUGCCAUCACCAUGUCUAGGAUAGAAGAGAUCCUGCAUGAACACUGCUCCAUAGCCCUGGACUACCAGGAGGAAAUACGGAAGUGGGCAAGCCCUGACUAUUAUGAGGCUAAUGUCAAGAGGAUUCAGCUGCCUUUUGUGCAGUCUACUAGUUCAUCUACAUUAACAGCUGAGCAACAGAAAGAGCGCAAGAAAGAGAUGGCUAGAAGAUUACUAGAAAUAAAUGCUAGAAAACGUGAGGAAAGAUUGGCUGAGGAUGAGGAACAGCUCAAUCAAUUACUGGCAAUACAGGAAAUGAUAGAAGACGGAGAUACUGAUGAGUUUAAUGAAGCAAUCAAGGGCUUUGACAUCAAAAGUUAUGAAGAUCUACAGCGGCAAAUAGCAGCAGUAAACUUGCGAAUUGAGAAGAACAAGCAACGCAUCCUCGCAGCUGCCAACGCUGAGGAGAACCCCGACCCGCGGCCCUCGGGCCGCAUGCAGCCGCCAUCAGACCCCGUUGCGCUGCAGGCCUGGCUGACCGAUACGCGAGCUAAGUGGAAGAGAACCCCGACCCGCGGCCCUCGGGCCGCAUGCAGCCGCCUUCCGACCCCGCCGCGCUUCAAGCCUGGCUGGCCGAUACGCGAGCAAAGGUACUUUGAGCCUUGUGUAGUUGGAAUAAGAGUCGCAUUACAAUGCACCCUAGUGGAAGAGAACCCCGACCCGCGGCCUUCGGGCCGCAUGCAGCCGCCAUCAGACCCCGCCACGCUGCAGGCCUGGCUGGCCGAUACGCGAGCAAAGUACCGCGACUUGGUCUCCCGUCGCGAAGCGCGCCGCGCCCGACGCGCUGCCAUGCUCAAACGACGCACGGCGGCCGCGGCUGAACGUAUGCGCGUCAUCUCGCGUCUUGCUGCCGCUGGAGACGAAUUUGGAAACCAGGACUCCGAUUGGGAUGCUUAUAAGAGCAUCAGUCGCGAUGCGGAUUCAGACUCGGAGGCGGAUGGCGAAAGGCUCGUGGAAUUAGAGGAGGCGCUUCGUGAGUACGAGCCGCAGACCUCCUCCCACCAGCACCAUCAGCUGCACCUUGCCAUUGAACCAUUCAGGGCCCCAGAGCUGAUGUUCCAGCCGUCUAUGAUGGGCAACUUGGAAGCCGGACUUGCGGAAAGCAUGGAAUAUGUGUUCAAGCACUUCACUCCAGAAGAUCAGUUGCUAUUGGCCAAUAACGUCUUUCUCACUGGUGGAUGUUCCCAAUUUCCAGGUUUGAAGGAAAGACUAGAAAGGGAGCUGUUAGAGAUGCGUCCGUUCCAAUCCACUCACAAAGUUGUCAUGGCCAGUAACCCUAGCCUCGACACGUGGUACGGAGCGCGAGACUUCGCGGGAAGCAGUCAAUUCGAAGACUGGUGCAUCACCAAGGAAGACUACUACGAAAUGGGCGGCGAAUACUUGAAGGAACACCACGCGAGUAACAAGUAUUAUAAAAGUCCGGCGCCGAUUGUAGAUACUACGCUAGCGCCCGCAGGCGACGCAAAUGUUGUGAAAGAAGAAAUAGUAGUGGAUUGUUAGAGGUAACAAAUAAAGUAGUAUUUAAGUAA